AUGCCCCAACCCACAACAAUCGCAAUCGUCAACGCCUCGGGCCGCCAAGCCGCCUCUCUGAUCCGUGUCGCUUCAGCCGUCGGCUACCACGUCCGCGCCCAAAUCCACUCCCUCGAAGGCAUCAUCGCCUCCGAACUCGCCGCCCUCCCCAACGUCUCCCUCUUCCAGGGCCCCCUGCUAAACAACGACAAACUCAUAGCCACCCUGUUCGAAGGGGCGAAUUUGGCCUUUAUAAAUACCACGUCGCAGGCCGGCGAUGAGGUGGCGAUUGGUCGUGCGUUGGCGGAUGCGGCGUUGCGCGCGGGCUCCGUGACACAUUAUGUGUAUAGUUCUAUGCCGGAUCAUGCGGCACAUGCGUAUGGAAACAACGGGGAUGGGAAUCAUUCGCAGAGUUGGAUUUCGCUGCCGCUGUGGAGUUGCAAGUUUGCUGUUGAGAACUAUGUGCGCCAAUUGGGACUGCCGGCCACAUUUGUCUAUGCGGGUAUUUACAACAAUAACUUCACGAGCUUGCCAUAUCCACUCUUCCAGAUGGAACUGUUGGAGAAUGGCUCGUUCGAAUGGCGCGCGCCCUUUCACCCAGAUAUACCUCUCCCCUGGCUAGAUGCAGAGCACGACGUUGGUCCGGCCGUGCUGCAGAUUUUCAAAGACGGACCGAAGAAAUGGGGUGGACGUCGAAUCGCCCUCUCCUUCGAAACUCUAACCCCAAACCAAGUCUGCGCCGCCUUCUCCCGCGCCCUCCGCCGGCCUUGCAGAUACGUCCACUCCCCCAAAAUCGACAUAAAAGUCUCCAUUCCCGCUGGCUACCGCGAGCACCUGGAAGGCAUAGAGGUGCUCUUCGGCCAGAUGAAUGCGCCCUAUUUCCCGCUGCCGGAGUUUAUGGAGGAGUCACCGCCGGUUAUGGGCAAGGGGAAUGGGGAUGGAGCCGACGGGACGAGUGUUGAUGUUGGUGUUGGUGAGCAGACGGGUAAAGGGCCUGCGGAACCCUAUGGUGGAAUUAAGUCGCUGGGCUUGGUGGAUGGGGCGAGGAGUUUGUGGGAGGGGUGGAGGGAUAUGGAGGAGUAUGCUAGGGAGGUUUUCCCGGUGGAGGAGGAGGCGAAUGGGUUGGAUUGGAUGAUAUAG